AUGACUCGGAUUUUGGUUCAACGAGGCACUUCUUCCAACCCCAACCGCCCUUCUUCCUCAUCUUCUUCAGAGCUACAGGUUGACAGUAAUAUCCAGCUCACUGUUGAUGAAGAGAUUACGGGUCAAAAACAAGAAGAAGCUACUGUAGUUGAACAAGCCGAGUGUUCUGAUGAUGCUAUUAAUGUAUCAGCGCAUGGUGAUGAAACUGUGGAUACAGAAUAUGACGAAGCGUUGUUAGUUUCUGAAAAUCUUCAGGUUGAAGGUGAAGCUAUAGUUUGUGAUUCCCCACUUAGUGGUGGCAAUGACCCUGUUCCGCCACCAAAGCCUUCUUCGACUGCUAAUAAGAGAUCAGUCUUAGGAUGUUUUGGUGCUUUACGAAUUGGAGCAACAGGAAGGGGAGCUGGACCUCGCUCUCUUGUUUCUGCUAGGACUUCCCCAACUGGAUCACAUCCUUCUUCUCCUAGAUCACACAGUGAGAACGAAGGCUAUAACAGUUCUGAUGAGCAUAUGCCAUGCUUUGUGCCCUCUCAUCCUGGCUCUGGCUCGGAAAGAGAACACCAGUUUGAAACCGAGAUUAGACAAUCCAAAGGCUUUGAAAUUAGGCGGAUGUUAGAAGAUGGAAAUUGUCUUUUUCGAGCUGUUGCAGAUCAAGUAUAUGGAGACUCAGAGUCAUAUGACUUGACUAGACAAAUGUGCUUGGAUUACAUGGAACAAGAGAGGGAUCACUUUUCGCAGUUCAUAACUGAAGGUUUUACCUCUUACUUGAAGAGGAAAAGAAGAGAUAAGGUCUAUGGAAACAAUGUAGAGAUCCAAGCUUUAGCAGAAAUGUAUAAUAGGCCCAUCCACAUAUAUUCAUAUAGCACAGAGCCUAUCAACAUAUUUCAAGGAAACUACAACACGGAUACCCCUCCCAUAAGGUUGAGUUACCACCACGGGAAUCAUUACAAUUCUUUGGUGGAUCCACAUCGGUUAACAGUUGGUGCAGGACUUGGAUUUAGUAGCCUUAGUGGGAGACAUGUGGAGAAGGAGCAGGUGAAAGCUGCUAUAAAGGCUCAGCAAGAACAUCAGAUUGAUAAUGCGCUCUUAGCAGAGGGGAGAUAUUACUCUGACCUUGAGCUUACAGAGAAGGAAAUUGAACGGUCGGUAAUGGAAGCUUCCCGUGCUGAGUAUCUUAUGGAAUGGUCUAAGCCACGAAUUGGUGCCAAGGAAUCAUCUACCUCCAACGCUGAGACGUCCUCUUCUGGAGCUAGACCUUCAGGCAGUGAUUCCAAACCAAAAGAGGAAGUGAAAGAAGAUACAGUGCUGAGCAGUAGCAUCGAGAUGGUUCUGUCGAUGGGAUUUACUUACACGCAGGCUAUUGAAGCUUAUAGCAUUUUUGGGGAUGAUGUUGACUCUAUGGUCUGUUAUGUGCUGGAGACGAGCAGUGGCAGCAACAAUAGACGCAAAGGCAAAGCCACAGAAUAG